AUGGACCACAGCGUGCUGAUAUUGCUGCCCUUGCUGGCUGCCCUGGCGGCGGCGUCUGCUGCCGAGGACACGAGGGGCGGCGGCGGCGGCGGCGGUCCCGCCUCCAAGAACAAGCGCGGCCUGCUGGGGCUCAUCGGCUACGGCUACCCCGUGCCCGCCGCCUUCGCCGCCUACCAGCCCCUGUACGCCGCCCCCGCGCAUCAGCCCGCCGCCCCCGCCGCCGCCGUGCACUUCCCCGGCGUGGUCGCCGCCGCAGUGAAGCCUGCCGCCCCCGCUGCUCUGCACUUCCCGGGCGUGUUCGCAGCCCCCGCCGCCGUCAAGCCGGCAGCCGCCCCCGCAUUCGCCGCCUACCAGCCUUUGUACGCCGCCCCCGCGCACCUGCCAGCCGCCGCCCCCGCCGCGGUCCACUUCCCCGGCGUGGUCGCCGCCGCAGUGAAGCCUGCCGCCGCCCCCGCCUUCGCCGCCUACCAGCCCCUGUUCGCCGCCCCCGCGCACGUGAAGCCGGCCGCUGCCCCCGCCUUCGCCGCCUACCAGCCCCUGUUCGCCGCCCCCGCGCACGUGAAGCCGGCCGCCGCCGCCUUCGCCGUGCCCGCCUACCUGGCAGCGCUGCACGCCGCCCCCAGCAAGUCCGCCCUCCUGGGCUACGGAUACUACGGCUAG